AUGAGACGGCCAGUAACGGCGAUGCUGGUUUUAGGUGUCGUGGUUACCGCUCUUUACAAAGCAAUGGCGGUAUAUGUUUCUCGCCCCGUUCCAGUCCAGGUUUCUUCUUUUUCUUCUACCCCAUCAGCCUUCAAGAUCAAACAUAUAUUCCACAACGCUGCUGAUGGCAAAACUCACAGAAGACUGGAUAUAAAUGACAAGUUUAUUAGCAUUUACAAUUCUGCACGGCCUCAGAUGGCCCACGUCGAGGAUAUGGACUUAUUUGAUGUCUCUCCUUUUGAGCAAGAGCUCGUGGUCAGACAUACAGAGGGACAAACUAUCCGGUUGGCGGACCGGUCGCCGGACUUUGUGGAGUCGUAUCUUGACUUUGCGCUUGAGAAUGGCCCUGCAUCACGGAUGAUUGAGUUUGAUUGGCAGCAAGAAUCUCUCUUGAUUCCAAAUAUGAGCGAUAAGGAAACGAUUGUCAGUUUGGCCCUGAUGUCCUCAGACGCCUACGUCGGACUUCCUACCGAUGCCGACUGGAAUGAUGUGGGCGACAAAUUCAACGAGUCAGAGCGGUUUGGAUGGGAAAAUGGAGGUGUGAGAGGUCAUGUUUUCACCGAUCCAGAAGAAAUGAUCGUGAUAAUUUCUAUUAAAGGCACAUCAGCUGCGGGUUUGAACACGGGAGGCGACGGCCAGACAGUUGAGCAGGAUAAGACAAAUGACAACCUCCUAUUUUCCUGCUGUUGCGCUAGAGUGUCGUCUUUGUGGAAAACUGUAUGCGACUGCUACGAAGAGUCGUACACUUGUAAUCAGAACUGUUUGGAACAGGAACUGAGGCGACCGGACAGGUAUUACAAAGCAGUUUUAGACAUUUACCGCAACGUGACGGAGAUGUAUCCAGAGUCGGAGAUAUGGGUCACAGGCCAUUCAUUGGGAGGAUCGCUGAGCUCGCUUCUUGGCCGCACCUUCGGCCUUCCUGCUGUCUCAUUUGAAGCUGUGGGAGAAUUACUGGCCACCCGCAGACUGCACCUGCCAAUGCCACCAGGGUUACCAGAGGAGAUGGAAAAUAUCUGGCACGUCGGAAAUACUGCCGAUCCUAUUUUCAUGGGCGUUUGCAAUGGCGCCUCCUCAACAUGCUCUUUGGCCGGUUACGCAUUGGAAACACAGUGCCAUUCGGGGAAGAAGUGCGUAUACGAUGUGGUGAACGACCUGGGAUGGCAUGUGAACCUGCUGAACCACAGGAUAAGGACCAUCAUCAGCGACGUUCUGAUGGUCUACAACGACACUGCGGAAUGCGUUAAGUCUCCGCCGUGCUACGACUGCUACAAUUGGAGAUUCGUGGACCAUUCUGGGGACCGCUACAGAACCACAACUUCCUCGCCGAUGCCAACGCCCUCCGAGCAUCCUGGACGAAGGUGUUUGAAGCGCACGUGGUAUGGCCGCUGCUACGAAUGGGCGGACGAUCCCAGCUCGGUAAAGACAACCUUCUCGACCAGCACGAUAUACAGCAAGACGAGCGAUAUCAGCACAAGCACGCACACAGGACGAAAUACUACUUGUAUCAGAAGAUCCUGGCUUGGGUAUUGUCUUGAGUAUGGUCCGGGAUUACAUUAG